AUGGCGGUGUGCAAGGCGCUGGCGGAGGUGGAGGCGCAGCUGGGCGUGUUCGACAGCAUCGUCGUCAAUUACUGCCACCAGGAGCCUCUCUCGCGCGACAUAAUCAUCGCGUUCCCCCACCUGGGCUUCCGCCUCUGCUUCGACCCCCACGUGCAGCGACUGCACCGCAUAGACGUGACGGACAUUUCUCGCCUGCACCUGCGAUUCGGAGCCUCGCUGCUCGGAGGCCCCAUGCAGGCGCCCACGUUCGCCCACGUGUAUUCGGUGCUCGGUCCCACCUUCCCCGGCGCCUACAACGCUCAAUGCGCCUGCUACACCCUCUCCUACCCGGGCAUGGCGCUGCUCUUCCCCAUCCCCGCGCCCCACCAACACUUGUUCCAACACCCCGCACACGACCUCCCCAUGCACCUGCCGGACGGCUCAGCGCCCCGCCUCUCACGAGUACUGCUGCACCUGCCGGGGGAACCCCCUCUGCCCGUGCAGGGGGCGGGCGGAACAGGGGGGAUUGGGGGAGCAGCGGGCGCAGGGGACGCAGGCGGCACAGGGGGCACAGGGGUCGUGGAGGGCGGGGAGGGGGACGGGUUGCGGCGGGCAGCAGAGCGGUUUGCGUCGCUGCCGCUGGUGAUGGCGAAUGGGGCUGUGUACAUGGAGACUCUGCUGGUACAGCUGGGGGAGGCAGUGCUCUUCUCGCAGGGCGGGCAGCGCAUUGCCUUUGGGGACUCUGCGCAGGUCAGCCGCUCCCACAAACCCCCGCCCACCUGCCCACUCUCCUGCUCGGCCCUGCCCACCUGCCGCUUCAUGCCUUCCCCCUCCACUCCUGUUCCCCUCACCCCCUUGCCCUCGCUCCUUUCUCUCUCUCCCGGCUCCUCACCCACCUCGCGUGCACCCUGUGUCCAGUGCAACUCACUCCUUUCCCACUCCCUCCUCACUCCACCAUCUGCAGUGCCACCACCACUCUCCCUCCUCUCCCUUUCCUCAUGCUACCAUGUCUAA